CAACGAGUUUAUUUUUAGCGCCCUCAGUCGACGGCCAACGAUGACAGGUGGCGGCCGAGUAGGACCCUUUUUCUUGUGAUCUCGGCCUACUGAUAAUACUACUUUGUGUUGGCUCACGAUGGCUUCCGGUCGAAACCCCCAACAUUUUACUGUCGACACAAGGCAGGCGCCUCCACCAAUGAAUAAGUGCCUGGUGCCGCCUCAUCCAUCUCAACAUCAGCUUCCUGCUCAAGAUCAAGGAGAAAUGUGGCGUGGUGCUCCGGGAGAUCAUUCAAGUCAAGACACCAGACCGUUUCAUGAUCUACCAUGUGGUGUCCAAGGGCAAAGCUAUUCCCAUCCUCCGCCUCGUCCUCACCAAUUUCCUCCUCCUGGCUUCCCGCCUCUAGGUUAUCUUGGUUACCCUCCUCCUCCAACCCCAAAUUUUCAAGUACCUCCACCCCCAAAUUUUCAAGUACCUCCACCACCAGUCCCCGUCCCAUUUGGUCCCCCUCCACCCUACACGCCUUACCCGGAUACGCCGGAAGUCGCCGGACAUCUGGGCUCCGAUCGUUUGUUCGACCAGUUUUGCAACGGACCUCAGCAGUCUGGCAAUUCUACUGGUUUUCAAACUUCACAGACAGAUAAUUCUAUGAAAUACCAUGAGACGGUAAGAAGACGGGAAACCAACGAUGAUAGAACUUGCCCUCCGGGGAGAUUCCGAGAUGGCAACCAAUCAAGGAGUCGUUCAAAGGAUGACAGGCCAAAAGCAGAUGAUCAAAGCAGGAGUAACACAGGUUAUGCCCACCCGCAAAGCUCAAGCUCAGCAACGCCAAGAAAUCCUCACCAAACCUCUAGAAGAUCAUCUCCAUCUAGAAAUAGAUCUCCAAGAAGGCGUAGCAGAUCACCGAGACGGUUGAGAUCCCCGGCGAGAAGGAGAUCGCCUAGUUCAAGGAGAUCACCGACUAGAAGUCACUCGUCAAGACAUAAUAGGUCCCCAAGAUGUAGUCGAUCGCCUCACGAUAGCAGGACGUCCCGCAGGCAACCGGAAAGACGGCGGUCUAAAAGAUCCAGAUCCAGGUCACCAGCGUCUGCGGGAUCGAAGGGAGAUUCUUCAAGGCAGGAUCAAUCACCACGGCAACAGAGAACAUCCUACUCCCCGGGGAGAGGAGGUCGUCAAGACGAUGGAGGCAGAGACAAUGAGAGGAGAAGACAAAGAAGACGAUCCCCGAUCAAUCAGACCCAACGAUGGGAUGAGCUGGAGGCCAAGACGGCCGCUCUCCACGACUCCUACAAACCUGCCACACUGGCAUCGUGUGCGGGUCAAGAUGAUAAGACGGAGGAGACCACAACGGAAGAUGAGCCAGCAUGGAUACAAUGCUCACCCAGGGAAAACUUCUACUCUGGGGAUUCUAAGAUGCAAAAGAAUGAAUCGACAGUUGCUGCAACUGAUAAACUUAAAGACCUCCUCGGAAGGUUCCAAGAAGAGAUUGUCGACAGAGGAGUGAGAGCUAGAGAAGUGCAACCCAAGCUGGAAGUACCACAACCUAAGGUUCACUGGCAUGUCCAUAAAGAUUCUGAUGCUGAAUCAUCCGAUGACAGUGCGUCUUCAUCUUCAUCGUCUGAGGAAGAGGAGGAGAAUGAAGACGAUCCUCUAGCUUUCCUUCAGAUGAAGGAGAAACAUCCAGCAAGACUUGCUGAUAACCUGUGGUUUAAUGAUCCAGGAGAGGUGAACGAUGGACCCUUAUGUCGGUGCAGUACCAAAGCCAGACAGGUCGGCAUAAGACACAACAUCUAUCCUGGUGAGAAACCGAUCCCACUAUGUGACCCACACACCAAUAAUGCUGGCAAGCUGUACCAUUAUCGCAUCACCAUGGCCCCAAGUACCAACUUCCUGACUCACCAACCCACCGUCAUCGAGUACGAUGACAGAGAGUACAUCUUUGAAGGUUUCUCUGUCUUCUCACACUGUAAGCUCGACAACAUCCCACCUUGUAAAGUGGUACGCUUCAACAUCGAGUAUUCCAUCAUCUUCAUGGAAGAACCAAUGCCAGAGAAUUUUUCGGUAAGAGGACUGGACUUGUUUGGUGACUUCCUCUUCUUUGAGAUCUUGGAGCUCUACGACUUUGAGCUGGUCAGCCGAGUCGGCGGUUGUCGCUUCUUCCACUUCAUGCCGAGGUUUGCCCGGCAGCUUCCGAGCAACGGCAAGGAGAUCUUAUCCAUGCAUCACGUGAUCCAGCACCUGCUGAGGAUGAGUCGGCCGGUCGUGGAGGCCAAAGACUUGAAGUCGUGGCUGGAGUGCGAUCAGAUCACAUGGGAGCGGUACGCCGAGGAGCUGAAGGGGAUGAUUGUAACGUGUCCUGGAAAGAAGCCGAGCUCAGUCCGUGUCGAUCAGGUGGACAGGGAACACGACCAGAAACCUGAUGACAAUGAAGGACUGGAUGACACGUAUCCGACCAUUGUACACUUUGGACUCCGACCAGCACAGCUCAGUUACGCAGGCAAUCGAAACUACCAAAACCUGUUUAAGUCCUACCUAAAGAUGAACCAUCUGCUGGCCAACAAACCCAAAGUCAGCAUUCAGGAUCGACAGAAGCUCGCCGAGAAAGAGAAGAAGUUACAGAGGAUACGCUUACAAGGUCACAUGACGCGUGAGGUCACGGCCGAGAUCUGCAGUAAGGAGAUAUUGAUGACGGGCAUCGGGUCCGAUGUUUGCCAGCACGCAAUGAUGUUACCAGUGCUUGUCAACCACAUCCGAUAUUUCAACUGCCUCUACAACAUCGAUGACAUCAUUGGAUACAAAUUCAAGGACAGGAUUUUGCUGAAGCAUGCUAUGACACACCCGUCCUACCGCCUGACCUAUGGCAUGAAUCCAGACCAUGUACGUAACUCACUGUAUAACUGUGGAAUACGACAACCUGACUACGGAGAUAAGAAGAAACAAGUAGAGAGAUCAAGAAAGAAAGGUAUCAAUACAUUGAUUAAGAUCAUGUCUGAGAUGGCGGCUCCUGAGGAACUAUCCUCCCACAUUCAUCAUUACGAGAGACUGGAGUUCCUGGGUGAUGCUGUUGUAGAAUUUGUCACAAGCACUCACCUGUAUUACCUGUUCCCACAUCUUGAGGAGGGCGGUUUGGCAACAUACAGACAGGCAAUAGUACAGAAUCAACAUCUGGCUGUCUUAGCCAAGAAAUUGGAACUGGAGCGUUUCCUGUUGUACGCCCACGGACCGGACCUGUGUCGUAGCUCAGACCUGAAGCACGCUCUGGCCAACUGCCUGGAGGCUCUGAUGGGGGCGCUGUAUCUAGAAGGAGAUAUCACGGUCGUCAGACGCAUCUUCUGUAACCUCUUGUUUGAUUCGGAGAAGCUGAGAAGAAUCUGGAUGCAGCAUCCUAAACACCCUCUCCAGCUUGAGUUUCCUCAAGGUGACCGACAUAUGAUUCAGUACUCGAGCAUUUUACAGAUGUUGCAUAAGUUUGAGGAGUCAACAGGAAUCAAGUUCAGACACAUCCGUUUGCUGGCCAGAGCUUUCACACAGCGAACAAUGAGCUACACCAACCUGACAAGAGGCCACAAUCAGAGAAUGGAGUUCCUGGGUGACACUGUACUACAACUCAUCACCUCCAGCUACUUGUACAAACACUUCCCUAAUCAUCACGAGGGGCACUUGUCUCUUUUGCGUAGCUCUUUAGUCAACAACAAGACCCAGGCCACUGUAGCCUCCGAUCUAGGCAUGUCAACUUACAUCAUUGACGCUAAGAAUCGUACUCUAGAAGACGGUGGUCCUCUACCAACCAAACUCCUAGCUGAUCUUCUGGAAGCUUUUGUUGGUGCUAUGUACGUGGAUCAGGGAAUUGAGGCAGUUACCGUCUUCUGUCAAGUUUGCUUCUUCCCUAGGCUCAAGGAUUUCAUCUAUAGUCAGCACUGGAAUGAUGCCAAGUCACAGCUACAGCAAUGCUGCCUGACACUCAGAACAGAAGGCAAGGAACCAGACGUACCCCAGUACAAGGUCAUCAGUCAGCAUGGUCCCACCAAUAACCGUGUCUACAACGUGGCGGUUUACUUCAGAGAUAAAAGAUUAGGCACGGGGUGUGCUUCAAACACUCAAGAUGCACAGAUGGAGGCAGCUAGGGAUGCAUUGCAGAAUUAUAAUUUCCCCCAACUUCACCAUCAACGCAUGGUGGUUGAGCGGAGGUACAGCCAAGAGGCCAAAGACAGAGGAAGUCGUCACAGACCACGAUCAAAUAAGAUUUGAUCAUCUCGGCAGGGAUUCUGUAUAGAAAACAAGGUUUUUACAAGGUAAAUGUCACAGCGGAUCGUCACAACUUGAAAAGCUUUUACAGUUAGUUGCUGUCGAUGUAGCCAUGUCAAUCACAAGUCCUUACAAAUCAAUCACAAGUCAUCAUAAGUCAAUCACUUAUUCCUCACAAAUCAAUCACAACGUCACCGUUUUUACAAAGGGACGGGUAUGUCAAAAACGACAUUUUUGUUAAGUUUCGAGGUUUUUUUAGCUUACGUUGAAAAACCACUCUGAACCAUUCUGACUUGCUUUGAGAAGCAAAACCUGCGUAACGUCUUAAUAAUGCUGUAUCAGGGGCAUCUCAAUAAUUGCAUUUUGCAUUUUCAAGGGCGUUAAAGUAGAAUAAGUGAAAUUUCUGUUUUCAUGAAGGGACGGACGUCUUUGAUACAUUUCAGACACGCGCACCCAAACAUACGUGCCCUCCACCUAUGGCAAAACACAUACUGCUCAGUAGACGGGCAGAUCUUCUUAUCAGAGAUUACAAUAUUGUUAUGGUUAUUAUUUUUUAUUAUUAUUUGAAUGCCUUGAAAUGUUCAGAUAUGUGUCUUUUACAAUGUUAAAUGUGAUAUUUUAUCAAUUUGUACAUUGUGUUAAUAGCAUUUCUGCAUUUCGUCUGUUGACAACCUUAAGAUGUUACGUAAUUAGAGACUUUUCUUUUCACAACUACAAGUUGUUUUGGUUAAUGUUGGUCACGUGACCACCCUCAGCACUCUUAGAUAAUUCCGUCAUUCUUGUAAGCAGUCGUUCAAUGUGUGUUGGGCAUGUUUUACAAGCUAAAACUCUCGGAAGUGGAAAGUCGGCGAUGAGUUUUGGCAAAAAGGAGUGUAAUUUUUCCCAAUAAUUUAUUUAUUUGUCUUGAGAUUAUGUUUGUUUUAAUCUGUGUGCUAUUUUGAAGAUGACUCAAAAUGAGAAAAUAUUUUUGGGGUGGAGUUUGUGGGGGGGGGGGGUAGUCUGAGUAUCACCUGUUAUCCACGGAACCAAGUCUCCUGUCUAACGUCUGAUAUAUCUAAGCUUGUGUGAUAUCAUUUCAUUCCAUAAUCAGGACUAAGAUUGUGAUUGGUCAAUUUCGAUGCCGUAUUUUUGUAAUGCAACAAUUUGUACAAAAUGCUACUCGUGGGUGUGAUGUUUACACAUGUGGGGAGCUUGCAUUACGCGCGUAUAGAAGGCGCCUGCUGAUUGGUCAGUUUCUUGAGGUCAUACACAGUCUAGUUGCAUAAUUAAUCACCGAAUCUGUUUACGUUUUAUACACCAUGGUCGGCUUCGCCAGGGCCAGGGUCAAUCAC